CGCGCGGAGAGAGGUCCGGGCUGGGGCGCAGAGACGCCGGUGCGAGGCUAGGGCUCCCGCGGCCGCUGCUCGGAACCGAGGGCCACAGUCACUGUCCCGACAGAGGCCGAGGCGUCCCGGAGCCAUGGCCGGCCUGAACUGCGGGGCCACAGUUGCACUGCUGGGGGUCCUGUUGCUGGGCGCCGAGCGCCUGCGGCGCGGAGCGGACGCUUCUGAGAUUGCUCUGCCCCCUGGAAGCGGCAUUACCGUUCUUAUAAAGCCUGGGACCCUAAGGCUGCCAGAUAAGCCCUGUUCCAUUAUCGUUUCUAAGAGACUUACAGCCACAUUGCUCAUCAAACCUGGAGUUAAAACGGGCUUUUCCUUUAGCUGCCAGAAUCCAGAGAAUCACUUUGUCAUUGAGAUCCAGAAGAAUAUUGACUGCCUGGCAGGCCCGUGUCCUUUUGGGGAGAUGCAGCUUCAGCCUUCCACGCUGGUGCUGCCCACCCUCAACAGAACUUUCAUCUGGGACGUGAAAGCUCACAAGAGCAUCGGCCUAGAGCUGCAGUUCGCCCUUCCUCGCCUGAGGCAGGUUGGGCCAGGGGAGAGCUGCCCGGACGGAGUCACCCACUCCAUCAGCGGUUACAUUGAUGCCACUGAGGUCAGGAUUGGAACCUUCUGCAGCAACGGCACCGUGUCCCGGAUCAAAAUGCAGGAAGAAGUGAAAAUGGCCUUACACCUGCCAUGGUUCCAUGACAGAAAUGUCUCUGGCUUCAGCAUUGCCAACCGUUCAUCUAUAAAGCGACUGUGCAUCAUCGAAUCUGUCUUUGAGGGUGAAGGCUCUGCAACCCUGAUGUCCGCCAACUACCCAGAAGGCUUCCCUGAGGACGAGCUCAUGACGUGGCAGUUUGUCCUUCCCGCACACCUGCGGGCAAGUGUCUCCUUCCUCCAUUUCAAUGUCUCCAACUGCGAGAAGAAGGAGGAGAGGGUUGAGUACUACAUUCCAGGCUCCACCACCAACCCCGAAGUGUUCAAGCUGGAGGACCAGCAGCCUGGGAACAUGGCUGGGAAUUUCAACCUCUCUCUGCAGGGCUGUGACCAAGAUGCCCAAAAUCCGGGGAUCCUCCGGCUGCAGUUCCAAGUUUUGGUCCAACAUCCACAAAAUGAGAGCAAUAAAAGCUAUGUGGUUGACUUGAGUGAUGAGCAAACCACGUCACUCACCAUUGAGCCUCGGCCUGUCAAGCUGAGCCGCAAUUUUGUCCCCGGCUGCUUCGUGUGUCUGGAGUCUCGGACCUGCAGCACCAACUUAACCCUGACACCGGGCUCCAAACACAAGGUCUCCUUCCUUUGUGAUGACCUGACACGCCUCUGGAUGAAUGCUGAGAAAACCAUAAGCUGCACAGACCAACGGUACUGCCGCAGGAAAUCCUAUUCACUCCAGGUGCCUGAGGACAUCCUCCAGCUGCCUGUGCAGCUUCACGACUUCUCCUGGAAGCUGCUGGUGCCCAAGGAUAGCCUCAGCCUCGCGCUGGUGCCAGCCCAGAAGCUGCAGCAGCACACACACGAGAGGGGCUGCAACACCAGCUUCAGCUACGUCAUGGCCAGCGCCAUCCCCAGCCAGGACCUUUAUUUUGGCUCCUUCUGCUCUGGAGGCUCCAUCGAGCAGAUCCAGGUGAAGCAGAACAUCUUGGUGACUCUCCGCACCUUUGCCCCUGGCUUCCAACAAGACGUCUCCAGGCAGAGCCUGACCGUGACCUUUAGACCAUACUUCAAAGAGGAAGGCAUUUUCACAGUGAUCCCAGACAGGAAAAAUAAGGUCUACUUGAGGACCCCCAACUGGGACCGGGGCCUGCCUUCCCUCGCCUCAGUGUCCUGGAACAUCAGCGUGCCCAGUGACCAGGUGGCCUGCCUGACCUUCCUCAAGGAGCGGACUGGCGUGGUCUGCCAGACAGGGCGCGCGUUCAUGAUCAUCCAGGAGCCGCGAGCCCAGGCCGAGGAGAUCUUCAGCCUGGAGGAGGAGCUGCUUCCCAAGCCAAGCUUCCACCAUCACAACUUCUGGGUCAACAUCUCCAACUGCAGCCCUGUGAGCGGCAAGCAGCUGGACCUACUCUUCUCAGUGUCGCUUAACCCAAGGACUACGGACCUGACUGUCAUCGUUGUCGUGGUGGUGGGAGGCAGUGUAUUACUGCUAUUUGCCCUCGGAUUCAUCAUUUGCUGUGUGAAAAAGAAGAAAAGGAAGAUAAACAAGGGGCCAGCUGUAGGUAUCUACAAUGGCAACGUCAACACCCAGAUGCCGAUGCAGCAAAAGAAGUUUCAGAAAGGACGCAGGGACAAUGACUCCCACGUGUAUGCAGUCAUUGAUGACACCAUGGUGUAUGGGCAUCUCCUGCAGGACUCCAGCAGGUCCUUCCUGCCGCCGGAGGUGGACACCUACCAACCCUUCCAGGGCCUCACAGAGGACUGCGCUCCCUCCCCACCCACCCUGUGCUCCCGGGCCCUGACUGUGAAGUUAGCCACAAAUGAGCCAUCCCCUGGCUCCCCUCUUGAGUCUGAGAGUGAACCGUACACCUUCUCCCACCCCACUGUAGUGAAUGUAAGCAAGGCGAACACAGAAAUUCCCUUACUGGACACCCAUGAGCCAGAGGAGCCUGGGGAAUAACUUGGCCCCCUUCCCAGAGACUUUGCAUAAAGCGGGACACUGAAACACCCCUCAGGGUUCCCAAUCAGAAAUCCUAAAGAAGAGGAUCAUAUGGAAGGAACACCAGGAGGUUUUCCUGGGGACCACCAACUUCUGACUUCCAAGUGGACUCAUUCUGAUGAUGAGACAUUGAAAAUGAUGAAUUCUGAUCUGGAUGUAGUCAUCACGGUUCAUGCCCUUCUAAACUCAGGUUUGGUUUAAAACCAGCCCAAAAUGAGAGGGGAGAGGUGUGAGUCACCCAGUACAGGGUUGCAAAGAGCCCUGGAUUCGGAUUUGGAUAAGGACCUCUUCAGGUCAACAAUUCCAAUCCCUAGGAGCCCACCAGGGGUCCCCACUCACUGGGGUCCCCUGGAUGAAAAUGGCAAUGUGCCUUUUUAUUACUAUUAUUAUUUAUUUGGUGGUCCUGAGUAUUUAAGAAGUCAAAUGUAUUAACAUGCAGCUCUUUUCCCCUGACAUAGUGACAGCUCAUGCUAACUAGUUGGAUGGCUAGGUUUUGACUGCUACUGACCACCCUGGCAGGUGGGAAUAAUCUGCAGCAGCCCAGCCAGUAAAGGGUGUGUGUUUGAGGGCAUUGAGGCAUACCUGCUUUGAUAAGACACUUUGUUGCUAUCCCACUGCAGAAAUUCACUGUUAGUCCCAUUGUCCUUUACUCCUAGAAAUAAGAGAAAUUGCCUUGAAUUGCCUCAUGUGGCUCUCCCAGCUGUAACCAUACAUUGGCAUUUUAAACAGAUAUUUAGAGAAUAUCUUCAUCUCUUAAAAAUGUACCAGAGAUUAGCUGGCUACCUGUAUUAGUUUCCUAUUGCUACUGUAGCAAAUUGCCCCAAAUGUGGUGGCCUAAAGCAACACAGUUUUCUUACUGUAUGGUCUGGGAGAUCAGCUUUCACUUAACUAAAAUCAAGGUGUCAGCAGAGACAGGGGAGGCUCUAGGGGAGAAUGUUUCCUGCCUUCCCAUCUUUUAGAGGCUGUCCUUAUUCCUUGCCUCUGAUGGCUGGUCAAACCAAGACACUGUGACCCUGAUUCUCCGGCUUCCCUCUUUCACGAGUAAGGAUUUUUUGCUUAUAAAACCAACAAAUAAUCCAGGAUAAUCUCCCCAUGGCAAGAUCCUUAAUUUAAUCACACUGAAAAGACCCUUUUGCCAUGUAAGGUAAUGUCCACAAUUCUGGACAUCAUUGUGGCAUUAUUCUGUCUACCACAACUUCCUGCUGCUGCAAGAGGGUCUACAAAAUGAUCCAGCCUACAGGUAUGUUUUGUUUAUAUAUAUAUUUAUAAUUUACAAUGAUAAAAUUUUUACAUAGCAAUCUGGAUUAGAAGAUCUGGCCAUACCACUGUUCACACCCUCACCAACAGCCCGCUAGAGUUGAGAAGUAUCUCCACCUUUAGCUGGAUCAUCAGGUUCACCGGUUCACCACAGUCCCCGCCACUCCCUGUUGCUUCCCACACUGAGGCUGAGCAGCUGUUGAUAUGAGCAGUGCACCUGCAGGAUUGCUUUUUCUCAUAUGAAAUGGAAUGUUUGGGACCCAUCUGUCAUAUCAAAUGAGAAGUCAUGCUUUGGAGGCUGGUGUGUGUUUCAAGAAGGCUUGUUCUUAUUCAUGGCCCACAUCGGCCAUUUAAUCUAAUUCCCAGUUUAGCUUCUGUGGGAGUUUGCCCUUGUAGCCCUGCUCUAACCUGGAAGGAGAGGGAUUGUGCUACGGCUUGUCAGCAGAGUCCAAAGUUCAGUAUGUCUGUGGCCAAACCUUCACAAAAUACAUGUACUUCAUCAUGUUCAGUGAAUUCACCUUGAAAAGCACUGUCUAGGCUUGUUUGUGUGCUACUUUGCCCUCAAGAAAAGGAGUUUUGCCAUCUCCUAAAUGUGUGUAUUCCAAGGCCACCUGAACCCUUUCCAGAAGGAAGUCUUUGUAGUUGUUUUUUUAAUUACGCCUCAGUGCUUCCUCUGGCACCUUUCGCUUCUGAGAGGCUGGCUGCUGCCCAGUUACCCUCAGCUGCUUGUACUGAGGUGUGGGCGAACCUCCUCCACGAAGGGCCAGAGGAGGGUCCGCAGCUUCCUUCAAAUGAAGUGUUAUUUAAAAUGGCCAUUGCAGCGCUGGCCCUGCUUCUCUGCCCUCCUGGCCUCCUGUCCUCUCCUAAAGUUCGCUCGGUUGGUGCUCCGCAUUCCUCCCUGAAGCGUGGCCAACCGCCUCUGGGCCAGCUGUCGUCACCCACACCACAUCUGUUGACAAAGGCCCCGAUGUGGCCGGCUCCUCUUAACUGAAAACUGAAAACCUCAGGCCAAGUUGCUGGCUUCCUGAGACUUCAGGUAGGCUAAAUGUUUUCUGAAAUAUGCAUCCGUGAAGGGGCCAGCCCUGGCUCUUCCAGAUCCCAGUUAUGUAAAAAAUACUUCAGGGCCGCUGGAAGGCAGACACAUGUUGAAGCCCCUUGUGUGCCAGUGCAGUGCCCCUCUGCACUGGGGCUGCUCCACCCUGGCCGCGCUCCACGUCCAUCUGCUGAGCCUGUGAGGAUGCCUGGCUCAUCCAGGACCGAUGGGGUAAAAAACUUCGAGGAAGAGUCAAGUGGGAAAAGCAUAACCCGUGGGACAUAAACUUGGUAAAAGCAAGGAGACUGGUUUGCAUGGAUCUGCAAUGCUUAACUGGAAAUAAUUUAUUAUUGUUGUAGAUACCUUUUAGGUAGCAUUUUAUGCAUUUUCUAGACUUUUUAAAAUAAACAUGCAGGGGAAAA